AUGUCUCACUCGGACUCUGACGAUCCCGACUUUUUACCGCCUAUCGUCGAUGCUGAGUCUUCCUCGGAUGACGAAGAGCCUAAGCUGAAGCGCCAAAGAGUGGAGAGCCCUCCAAAAUCGGUGGACCAGGAAGCUGGGAAAGCUCUUUGGCAACGCUUCCUCGCAGAGGGACCUGAACAAUCAACCUCCACACAAACCGUAGUUAGCAUCGAAAAACGAUAUUCGUUUGCUGGAGAAGAAGUUACACAGAUAGUUCAAGUGCCUCAGGACUCUACCGAGGCGAAAAAUUGGCCUCUUGCAGGCUCAACCGCGAAGCGUAAACCUGGUCCACGUAAAGCCAAGACAUCUCUUGCUCCGUUGCCAACACGCAAGCCGCAGAAACUCUCGACUCUCGACAAAUCCGCGUUAGAUUGGAAGCAACACUUGGCUCAAGCUCCCUCUGAGAUAGAAGAGGAGCUUGUUGCCAACCGACGCGGCGGCGGAUACCUCGAAAAAGUUGAUUUCUUGAACCGCGUUGAGGCGAGAAAGGGAGAAGCCCUAGACAAAAGUAGAGCCAAACGACGAAGAUGA